GUAGCUUCGGUCUACAAUCCAACUGAAUACACACUCCUCCUCCCUCACAGUCUCACAGUCUCACCCUCUUGCUCUCUUCUUCUUCUUCCACAACCUCUGCCUCCUUUUCUCCAUCUGCUCCUGCUCAAAGCCUCAAGCGCACCACCCUCCCUGACAUCCAUCCCCUGAAUUUUUGAGCUUUUGGAUUUUUUGUUUUUUUUUUUUAUAGCAGAGGCAGGAGGAGCAGAAACAGAAACAUGAAGCUUUUGGGACACCGCUUGUGAUUCUUCUGGAACAUAUAUUCCCUUUCCUUUUCCAUCCCAAAAACUUUCACCAAUAUAUAUACACUUUCCUGCAUGUUUCUCUUUUCUCAUCUUCACUCUUUUUGCUCCAACACACCCUUGAGUGUGUGUGUGUGUGAUAGAGAGAGAGAGAGUUAAAAAAGAAGGCUUUGGAAGAUAUCUAUCCAUCUAUGUAUCUAUCUUUAACUCACUUUCCUAAUGUUAAUUUCAAGGGCGUUUGAUCUUUAGCAACGUUCAGCUGCCCCUUUAUUCCGAGAAUCUCUUCCAUCCCUUCUCCUCUCCUCACUUCUGCUUCUGGGUUCUACCCCCUUUCGCUUUCAAAUGCGAACCUGACUCAUAAUCUUCUCUCCUUUUCCUCGGGUCUCUUUCUUUUUCCACUGUCUCCCCCAACACGAUGGACCAACAAAGAAUGCAAGACAUGUUGACUAAUAAAAAAGGAGUGAAAUACACUGAGCACAGGAAGCAGACCACUAUGGUCAGACCUUCCCCUUUACCGCCCUCCCUCGCCGGCCGGACAAGGAAGUCACCGGACAUGAAUGCCGUCAAACCUAGAGUCGUGCGGAUUUCCGUCACCGACGCUGACGCGACUGACUCCUCCAGCGACGAAGAUGAGGAGGCCUUCAAACGAAGACACAGGGUUAAGAGGUUCAUCAACGAGGUCAAGAUUGAGACCUUCAGGGACAACGGCGACGGGAACGUUAAUGCUUGUACGAGUGCCGGAAAUGUUAACAGCGUUUGGAGGAGUAGGGGGUCUGCUGCUCCGGCGGCCGCUGGGAAUGGUACUAGUACUACUAAUAAGAAGAGGAAAAAGAGCAGCGGUGGCGUUGGGAAGGGAAAGCAAACGCGGGUAGCUGAGGGGAGCAAUGUUAAGAAGUUUCGCGGUGUACGACAACGGCCGUGGGGGAAAUGGGCGGCUGAGAUUAGAGAUCCUUCGAGACGUGUCCGCCUGUGGUUGGGCACUUACGAUACAGCCGAAGAGGCGGCCAUGGUUUAUGACCACGCGGCUAUACAGUUGCGUGGACCAGACGCGCUGACUAACUUCGCAACCCCUCCGGCGAGAAGCGUCAGUUCGCCUCCACCGGAGUCCGCCACGUGCUCCGGCUACAACUCCGGCGAGGAGUCACACAACAACCAACGCUCUCCCAAGUCUGUCCUGCGGUUUGCUUCCACGUCGAACAGCAAUGAGGAGGCCGAAGCGGAGUCGUGUUUACCCAGUCCUCUACACGAAGAAGUGGUCGGGAUCGGAAAGGAAAGGCGUGAUAGCUGUGGCGAGGAGAUGUGCGUAUCGGAGAACUUCUCGCAUUAUUCGUUGAUUCCAGAGGACUUGCGAUUCGAGUUUGAAGAUCCAGUAGUGGACUUCAGCGAUUUGUUCGAGGACAACUCAAAUAUUUUCGAGUAUGCUAGGAAUUUUGAUAAUACGUUCGUGGAUUCGAGUGAGAGUGUAGAGUUUGGAUCGGCAAUGCCUGAUGAUUUCUUUUCAGACUUGGGAGACAUAUUUGGAAAGGAUCCUCUGGUGGCCCUUUGAGAUUUCUUUCUCCGUAAAAGCUUUUUUUUUUUUUUGACAGUUUUGAGUUUUGAGGCAUGAAGUAAUAUGUGAAUUACUUACUCUAUCGGAUGUUUUUUUUUUUCCUCUUUCUCUCUAUGUUUUUUUUUUUUUGGGUUAUUUAUUAGUUUAUUGUGGCCAAUUUUGUUUAUGG